AUGUGUAACUCAUCUCCUGGCCCCUCUCGUCGGCUUCCGGGUCCCGUUGUUUCUCGCCGCCGACCAAUGUUGGCGACCAUGCCGUGGCUGCCAUCCCUGCUGCCCACUCCAGUCGGCCAUCGCCGCCACCGCUCGUCCGCCAUGUCCCUGUUCAGCAAACUUCAAGGAUUACCUGGCCAGUGCCCGCCCCCCCCUUCCCUGGCAUGCCCGGACGAUGCGAAGUUCGAGCCUCCGUCCGGCAACUCCAUCGGUGCCUUCCCACGACUACCUGCGGCACUCUCUCCGGACCCUUGUCGCAGUAGUUCGUACCUAGCUUCUCAAGCCAUGCCCGUUCUCGGUCCCCAUGCUCCAGUUCUCUCCUGUCUUGCAGCUCGUGGUCGCACAAGGCUGUUAAGCCACUCGAUCAGACACUCCAAUCUCUAUUCAAUGCACCCCGGGUCGUUCUUUUCGACAUUCACUCUCUUCCAACCUGGACCUGGAGAACUCAUAUUACACUCCUUCCCUUCCGGGCCAGUCUUGUCUCGACCGUUUUGCCCUAGAUCGACUCGCACCGAUCCACAACCUCGAUGCUUGGGCCCUGAUUAA